AUGUUAAAUUUUUACUUAGAAAUAAUCAAAAUUGUAAAUUAAACUUAAGAAAUAAAGGAACCAAUAAAAUGGAAAGCAGGAAAAGAAUUAGGAUUUGGUUCCUUUGGAAGAGUAAUUGAAGGUUUUAAUAGAUUAAACGGUGAAAUCAUGGCUGUAAAAUAAAUAAACAUAUAAAACAGCAAAAAUAAAACUAUAAAAUCAAUAAUAAAAGAAGUAAAUAUUCUAUCCGAAAUGAAACAUAAUAAUAUUGUUCGAUAUAUUGAUAUUCAACAAGAUAUAAACUAAUAACAUAUAAGUAUUUUAUUGGAAUAUGUUGUUGGUGGUUCAUUAAAUGAUAUGAUAAAUAAAUAUGGAUCUAUAAAUGAAAAUUUAGUUUAAAAAUAUACUAAGGAUAUUCUUUAAGGUUUAGAAUAUCUGCAUUAUCAUGGGGUGGUACAUAGAGAUAUUAAAGGUGCAAAUAUUUUAGUAGAUAAUAAUGGGAUAUGUAAAGUUGCAGAUUUUGGAGGUGCUAAAAAAAUAAUAUAGCAAGACACUAUAUUGAGUUUAGCUGGAACUGCAAAUUGGAUGGGUCCUGAAGUAAUUAAAUAAUAAAAUUUCGGAAGAUAUUCGGAUAUUUGGAGUUUAGGAUGUACUGUUAUUGAAAUGCUAACUGGAAAACCUCCAUUUUAUAAUUUAGGGAACGCAUUUGCAACUAUGUUUAAAAUCGCUCAAGAUAAUGAGUCACCUCCUUUACCAAAUAAUGUUAGUGAUAUUUGUAAGGAUUUCCUUUAGAAAUGUUUAAAUCCAAAUCCUUUAAAAAGAUGGAAUGUUUAUUAAUUGCUUAGACAUGAGUUUAUUAGUAGAGAUUAAGAAGAAAAUGGGUUUAAUUAAGAAAUAUAAAAGAAUUAAGAGCCUAAUGUAAAAACUUUAUGA